CACCUGGCCGCUGUCUAUGUGCAGUCAUGCAGAGUCAUAUCGAUGAUAUUACGCGAUAGAGUCUGCGGGACCGGGAGAUCAAGAGUCAUAAUCAAGGACAACCCACCGUUCACACCUCGCAUUUAAAUACGGCUGCUGGUUCAGUGUACCCUCCAUCUAUCGCCGUCUACAGCCUGCUCGAAAUCAUGUCCCAGACCGCAGCGAAACCAUCCAAUCCUGACGACAAGGAGUACGUCGGCGGGUGCCACUGCAAGAAGUUCCGGUACAAGUUCUACUGGCGCUCGUUCGAUGACGGCACCCACGAAGUGGGCGACUGUAAUUGCAGUAUUUGCGCGAUGAAAGGGUUGUUAUACGCGCACAUGGACACGUCGGCGUUCACGCUCACAUCCGGCAACGUGGACGAGCUCACGAACUAUCAGUUCCACAAGAAGGUGUUCUCGCGCCACUUCUGUCCCGUUUGCGGUGUAGAGCUGUUUGAGACGAAACCGAGCGAGAACAUGGUUGGGGUGAACGUACGCACUGUGGACGGAGUUGAUGUGACGAAACUGAAGCUGAAGCCAUUUGACGGCGCUACGUUACUGUAAGGCUAGCAGAACAGCAUAUCGAAACAUAUUGUAGAUAUAUCAAGAGAAACCAUUAUGGCCUGUACUUCCGCAUGGAAGCUUGCAGAAUUCUGGACAAUGUCGUUAUUUCGAGACUUCGUUGGUAGCAUCGCCGAUGCGGAGACACCGAGAUUCUCGACUGCGGUAUUACGGCGAUCGCCUUUCGGAUGCAACCCCAGCUAGUACCCGGAGACCUCCGACCAGUUAGGCCAGACGGGAUCGACAAAUUUCCUGACGAGGUAGCGGAUAAGGCUGAGAAAGCUGCGAGUGCCGCCGCGGCCUGUCGUGACGGGCCAGUGCGCAUUUCCUUGGCGGAAGCAAGCUGCUUUGGUCUAACCGUUCGCAAAUGCUCUUGGAGCCAGAAUCGAGCGGCCGCCAGCUGUACGAUCAUUGCGAUAAGGGUAUAAGCGA